AUGGCAUCCAACCCAAUGCAACGAUGCUGCAUCAUCGGCGUAAAGCACUCAGGCACACCACAAGGCCAAAUCAAAUACAUCGACAACAUCCGCACAUACACCACCGCCCCACCCAACAACCCCUUCCCCUCAAACGCCAUCCUCAUCAUGACCGACGUCCUCGGCAUGGACUUCCCCAACACCCAACUCAUCGCCGACCAGUUCGCGCAAAACGGCUACCUAACCGUCAUCCCCGACGUCUUCAACGGGAGCGAAGUGCCGUUUCCGGCUCCGGAAUCGUUUGACUUGCAAGAGUAUGUUGAGACGGUUAUGCCGAAGACUGAUACUGUGGAUCCUAUGUUUGAGACGGUGAUUAAGCAUUUGAGGGAUGAGUUGGGGAUCAAGAGGUUGGGCGGUGUGGGAUAUUGUUUCGGCGGGAAGUACGUAUGUCGGUUUUUGAAAGAAGGGGGGUUGAGGAAUGGGGGGAUUGACGCGGGGUUUACUGCUCAUCCUAGUUUUGUGGAUGUGGAUGAGGUUAGGGGUAUUAGGGGGCCGUUGAGUAUUGCUGCUGCAGGUAUGACUUUUUGA